GCAUCACGCACUUAACAGCUCCAAAAUACCCAACGGGGCGGAGCUUCUUAGACCGGGACUUCCCACUUUCUGCGUUUGAAGACGCAUUCAGAUGACGGAAGUCACUUGCGCAGCCGCACGUGGAGCAAUAGGAGAGUUCGGGAGUUGGGCAAUGGGCAAGAGCAAAGGAAAAGGACAGAAGCAGAAGAAUGUAUUCCAUGUGGCCAACAAAAACAUCACAAAGGCAAAAAGUAAAGCCAAGCCAGUGACAACCAGUCUGAAAAAGAUCAAUAUAGUGAAUGAUGAAAAGGUUACCAUGGUAAAUAAGAUAUUUACACAAGUACAGAAAGAAGUCAAGCAGUUAUCCAAAGCCGCUUCAUCAGAUCCACCCAAAAGGCAUCUGAUCCAAGAGUCCCCAGAAAGAGAACCACCUAAUGUGGAUGCUGCUACCAACUUAUUGUCUCAUCUGUAGUAUUAAGUGUUUGGACUCCAGUACCCCAUUUAACAUCAGCAAACAAAAUUGUUGUAUACUUUGUAUUUUUAAAGAAUCUUGUUUAUAUACAGGCAUUGACACUCUUCAAUACAAUGUACAAAUGGUUUUCCUAAAUCUAGGAAUAUGGAAUGUCAGACUUUUUAAAAAGUGGAGGCAGGGAGGGAAAAGGAGAAAUUUAAAGUGCUAAUAAAAAGGCACCCCACAAAAUGGAUUCAGUGGACCAAUGCAGCAUUACCUAGCUUAUGCCCUUCAUUUUACAAUUGGCAGUGAAAAAUAAAACAAAAACCUGCCAAAAUUUUAGAAUGAUUGCUGAAGGUUUCCAAAUGGCAAGGUAUGAAUAAAAUGCAGCACUGCCUAGAUUAUUUUACUAACAGAAAGAAGGGAGCUACGAAAUUCUGAUUUCUAAAAAAUGAUGAAACCAGUUUUCAGUCUACUUGCACCGCUGUGAUGUUGUGUAAAAAAACCCUUGUAUUUUAUUGAGUUUAGCAUUUCCUUAGCAUAACAAAAUAAGGGGGAAAUGCACAUCUGCUGUUGGUGAGUUAUAAAAGCCUUACAUUCA